GGCUACUGUUGUCAGGUUGAUGAUGCGGUUGCGAGCGUCGUCGGUGGUGUUCGGUGGUGCUGUGAGUCUGGCAACACUGGUGCUGCUCUACCAGGUGUUGAGUCUACCACCUGACAACCAUCAACAACCACCUGGUGAUUAUAAGCAGGACCUGGCAUCACUGGAGGCCAGACUCCGCCGCCUGGAGACCGACAUCCAGACCAACCAGCACACCAUCUCUGAGAUCAAGAGCCUGGUGCGCCAGCUGGCACGCUCCAGCUCUCGGGCCAACUCCCUGCUGGGACCCCAGUAUGGUAUUGUUGCUGCCAACCGAUUCAUUAGGAACGGUCUUACUGGAGUGAAUGAUGCGGUGGCGGCAGUGGCAGCACCCGGCUCCCCCAACAAGAGUGCCACCAUGGCUGUGGCACCAAUGGCAGUGCGCUACAACCUGACCCAGGCGGCAGUGAUGCCAGAUGACUGUAUCUUUGCCCAGACGGCGGCACCCCCAGCCGACGUCCAGCUGGACAAGGUGUACGCCAUGCUCAAGUUCGACAACCCAGAUGGUGGCGCCUGGAAACAAGGAUGGGAGAUUGAAUACGAUGCAGCACAGUGGUCAUCCAGCAAGAAGCUGAGGGUCUUUGUUGUACCACACUCCCAUAACGACCCAGGUUGGGUGAAGACGUUCGAUCAGUAUUACACUGACCAGACUCACCACAUCUUAGACAAUAUGGUGCAGAAGCUGCCAAUGGAUCCUCGAAGGAAGUUCAUCUGGGCGGAGAUAUCUUUCUUCUCUCUGUGGUGGGAUCAGCAGUCUGAGAAUGUCAGAGAGGCAGUGCGAAGACUGGUCGACCGGGGUCAGCUAGAGAUGGUGACUGGUGGUUGGGUGAUGAAUGACGAGGCCAACACUCACUACUUUGCCAUGCUGGUUCAAAUGAUGGAGGGUCAUGAGUGGCUCAAACUAAACCUGGGAGUUAAACCAAACAACGGUUGGGCCAUCGAUCCGUUUGGGAUGACGUCGACGAUGGCGUACCUGUUGAAGAGGAUGGGACUGGAGAACAUGGUGGUACAGAGGGUACACUAUGCUGUCAAGAAGUACCUGGCCCGGGAGAAGUGUCUGGAGUUUAGGUGGAGACAAGUAUGGGACUCUGGCAGCUCGACAGAGAUGUUAUGCCACAUGAUGCCAUUCUACAGCUAUGACGUGCCUCACACCUGUGGCCCUGACCCUAAGAUCUGCUGUCAGUUUGACUUCCGGCGCCUGCCAGGCUCUGGUGUCACCUGCCCCUGGCACCUACCACCCCAGACCAUCAGUGACCACAACCUGGCAGCCAGGUCAUUGUUGUUACUGGACCAGUACCGCAAGAAGUCCCAGUUGUUCCGAACAAACGUGGUUCUGGUCCCUCUGGGUGACGACUUCCGGUUCGUUCGACCAGAGGAAUGGGAUGACCAAUUUAACAACUACCAACGACUGUUUGACUAUCUCAACACCAAUGAUGACCUUCAUGUUGAGGCACAGUUUGGUACACUUGCGGACUACUUCCGGGCAGUGCAUGAGGAGAGUGAGUCGCUGAGCGGCGGUGCUGGCAGUGGUGGUGAGGACGACAUCUUCCCGAGCCUCACCGGCGACUUCUUCACUUACGCCGACCGUGAUGACCAUUACUGGAGUGGUUACUAUACUACCAGACCUUUCCACAAGACCUUGACUAGAGUCCUGGAGGGUUAUCUCAGGGGUGCCGAGGUGCUAUACACAGCGAUGGUUGCCACUCAGAGCACGAUGGGCGCCACUGGUAGCAGUGAUGGCACUAUGGUGGAGGUGGCAGAGGCACUGAUGGCAAUGUUGGUGUCAUCACGGCGGAGCUUGGCACUCUUCCAGCACCACGAUGGCAUCACAGGCACUGCCAAGGAUCAUGUGGUGGUUGACUAUGCUAACAAACUGGUAAGAAGUAUCACCGACUGCCAGCUGGUUAUCCAACAGGCGGCUCACUACUUGCUGGCAAUAGACCAGCAUAACUACAGGGGCAAGACAGACACACUGUACUACCAGCUGGGUGAGAAGUACACCCAGCACAACCAGCUGCCAUCUAAGAUGGUGCUGGUCCUGCAACCUGGCACCUCAGCACAGCUGGUUAUUUACAACCCUGAUGCUCAUCGUCGCCCCCAGUUACUGACAGUCAGGGUCUCCAGUCCCUAUGUUGAGGUGAUAGACAGGAAGGACCAGACGGUGCCGUGCCAGGUGGACCUCUUCGUGCAGUCGUCCGAGGCAUCAAACGACAUGUUUGACGUAACCUUCCUGGUUGACCUGCCAUCACUCUCACUCACCACCUACACCAUCAAGAUCGUUGACCCCGAGAAGGUCAACCAACAGUUUGUGAGUUAUGGCAAGGUUGUUAGCCGUGGUAUGGUUGCUCCCUCGGUGCCUGCCGUCUUCACCGCCAUAGAGGAGACCAACGGCCAGUCAUUCACCCUCCAUAAUGACCAUCUACAAGCAAGAUUUGGCAGUAAUGGUCUGAUGCAGUCACUGACCGCCCAGGGCCGAACACUGGACCUCAACCUGGAGUUUGUCAAAUAUGGCGUUAAAAACCACAGAGAGACGGCUGGUGCGUACCUCUUCCUGCCAGACAAGGAGGCAACACCGCUACCGGUGGGUCAACCAGCGGUGCUGACGGUGCUGGGUCCGCUACUCUCCACCGUCACCACCCACCUCAAGAACAUCAUCCACACCGUCACUGUCAAGAGCUCACCUGGCGUAGAUGGCAUGGGUGUGGAGAUCAACAACUUGGUGAACAUUAAGUUGGAGAGGAACUAUGAGUUUGCCAUGCGUCUUAAUACUGACAUCAAGAACGGUGAUGUCUUCUACACUGACCUUAAUGGCUUUCAGGUGAACAAGAGGACAAGGUAUGACAAGCUGCCCAUCCAGGCCAACUACUACCCCAUUCCAUCAUUGGCAUACAUCCAGGAUGACGACACCAGACUGUCACUACUCAGUGCUCAACCACUCGGUGGAUCCUCCCUCGCCAGUGGUCAGCUGGAGGUGAUGUUGGACCGACGACUGAUGCAGGACGACAACCGAGGACUGGGCCAGGGAAUACUGGACAAUGUUCUUACCUCCAGUACCUUCUGUGUCUUACUGGAACCUCGCAUCACUGUUAAGGAGCGCGAGGAUGGAAAGUUAUUGAAGAACUCGUCAUUACCAUCAUUGUUAUCAUUGUCUGCACUUAACACUCUACUGUAUCCAGAGUACACUCUGCUGCCCACUACCAAGGUUGAAGGUGCACGGUCAUGGUGGGAGGUGGGCGGUGCACUGCCCUGUGAUGUGCACCUGGUACACCUGCGGACCAUGGUAGACCCACCCCGGGCCAGAGUGGGCCAGCUGGUGGCCCACCCACCAGCCCACCUCUCAUCACUCACGCUCCAUCGCCUUGGAUUUGACUGCUAUUUCCAGUCACCAGGACUCACCUGUUCCACCACUGCUGGCAAGGUGCGGUUGUCGCAGGUGUUCCCUACAAUGUUUGGAGAACAAGUGCAGCAGAUGUCACUCUCAAUGUUGUAUGAAGGUGUUGACAUGACUAAGUCAUACACUCUCUCACUUCAACCCAUGGAGCUGUAUACCUUCAGACUCUCACACACAUAGUACUGUGUGUACAUGUGUCAGUGUGGUGUACAUGUGUGUAUGUCAGUGAUGUAGACCAAGUAAUAGUCACUGUGUAUACAUCCAUACACACACAUGCAUAUUAAGUGUGUGUGUGUGAGUGUGUAUGACACACCAUCAUGUGGAUCCCUCACACACCAUCAUGUAGGUUCCUCACACACCAUCAUGGAGGUCCCUCACACACCAUCAUGUAGGUUCCUCACACACCAUCAUGGAGGUCCCUCACACACCAUCAUGUAGGUUCCUCACACACCAUCAUGGAGGUCCCUCACACACCAUCAUGUAGGUCCCUCACACACCAUCAUGUGGAUCCCUCACACACCAUCAUGUAGGUUCCUCACACACCAUCAUGGAGGUCCCUCACACACCAUCAUGUAGGUUCCUCACACACCAUCAUGGAGGUCCCUCACACACCAUCAUGUAGGUUCCUCACACACCAUCAUGUAGGUCCCUCACACACCAUCAUGUGGAUCCCUCACACACCAUCAUGUAGGUUCCU